AUGUCUAUCUUUGAGCAAUCUCAUUUAAAAUCAUUUCCUUCCCCAUAUCAUGCUCUAACACAGGAGGUGUUGGCGUUAGCAAAUGGGCAGCCGUUACCACCACGACAGACUGAAGAGCUUUGUUACACUGAUUGCACCGCCAGGCAUCGCGAGGCCUCUUCGACCCCCGCCGAAUCCUUCAACUCCACUUAUUCCUCUUUAUCUUUAACGCCUUCCCCUUUUUCUUCCCCAUCUUCAUAUGCUGCUUCAUCUUUUAACUCCAUUUCAUUCAUUUCCUCAUCACCUUCCCUUGUUAUCCCUUCACCUGCCCCUUCACCAUUUUCCACCACCUUUGUUUCCCCUGACACUAAUGUCUACCCAUCGCAUCUCUAUCGAACUCCAGAUCACAAUAUUCUAAAUAAUACUGUUGAAGGCCCACAUGAUCAUGCCUUAGCAUCUGAAGCCGUUCUUCCGACUUCACAGUCGAACUCUGUCGCUCCCUAUCCUUCAGCUUCUGAGGGCCCCAUUAUCACCCCUUUGGCUAAGCCCGUUCUUCUUCUUUUGCCUUUGAUGCUCGGCUCAGGGAUUCGUGUGCCUGUUAGACACACGGAUCUACUACUUCGCUUGCUUGCCGAUCCUCUCUGUGUCGGCUUAAUCGGUGGCCGUCCUCGGCACUCCGUCUACAUGGCUGGUUGCCAAGGCGAUCGUGUGAUAUACUUUGAUCCACACUUCGUUCAGGAUUGUGUGGAUGUCUCUAACGGAAAUUUUAAUGUUCGAGUUGCUGAUCCGUAUUUCGCCCAUCGCUAG